GAUAUCCAAUUCAAUUUUCACUAUUUAAAAUGUUAGUUCUUGAUAUCAACAAUCUAAUUUCAACUAGUAAAAACUAUAAUUCUUGAUAUCAUUCAGAAGAGUUAUAUUUGACAGAUUAUAGCUCACCUAUUACUUUUUACUUCUUAAAAUUACACUCCAGUGAUCAAGAUUUGGUUGUCUAAUGUUAAGAUAACAUAAAUCAUUUUAAGUGUAAGAUUUAUGGGGCUAUUGGUCUAAAACUGCACUGUUUUUUAUUGUAGGAUUUCCAAUGGCCACACGAAGAAGGAAACCACCAAAACAGGAUGCCAUAGAACAUGCUGUGAAGGCCCUUGACAAGACAGCAGAGUUAGAAGUGCAAUACAUUAACUCUUUUAAAGGUCGAGGGGUGUUUGCCAAGACACCUUUCAGAAAAGGAGACUUUGUGGUGGAGUACAGAGGAGAAUUAAUCAAUUCUAAAGAAUCUCAGAGGAGGAGGAGGACAUAUCACAAUAGAUGUGCUGUUUUCAUGUUUGACUUCUACUGGCAAGAAAAAACAUGGUGUGUUGAUGCAGCUAGAGAAGAUGGCAGCCUCGGGCGACUGGUUAAUGAUGACCACAAGCAUCCGAACUGCAAAAUGAAGAGGGUCAUAACAGAGGGCAAACCACACCUCUGCCUAUUUGCUUUGAAGGACAUUAAUGAAGGAGAAGAAAUAACAUAUGACUAUGGUGGAACUGAUUGGCCUUGGAGGAAACAGGAGGACAAACAAUCGGAUGCCACUGAGUCUUUUGAGACUGACAUCUUCAGAACAACCGAGCAGACUCCUCAGAGGUCAUCCAGCUUCAAGACACAGGAGGACAAACAAUCGGAUGCCACUGAGUCUUUUGAGACUGACAUCUUCAGAACAACCGAGCAGACUCCUCAGAGGUCAUCCAGCUUCAAGACACAGGAGGACAAACAAUCGGAUGCCACUGAGUCUUUUGAGACUGACAUCUUCAGAACAACCGAGCAGACUCCUCAGAGGUCAUCCAGCUUCAAGACACAGGAGGACAAACAAUCGGAUGCCACUGAGUCUUUUGAGACUGACAUCUUCAGAACAACCGAGCAGACUCCUCAGAGGUCAUCCAGCUUCAAGACACAGGAGGACAAACAAUCGGAUGCCACUGAGUCAUUUGAGACUGACAUCUUCAGAACAACCGAGCAGACUCCUCAGAGGUCAUCCAGCUUCAAGACACAGGAGGACAAACAAUCGGAUGCCACUGAGUCUUUUGAGACUGACAUCUUCAGAACAACCGAGCAGACUCCUCAGAGGUCAUCCAGCUUCAAGACACAGUGCCCACACGAUCCAGAACCCUUACCUUCAAUGAACAAAGUUGGAAUGAAUCCUUCCCUGGUGGACUACACAGAUUCUGAUGAAUCUCAGAGUCCAAGCACAAAUCAUGACCAGUUUAAUUCAAGCUGCCAGACAUGGUGUCCGACUUCAGAGUUCGAAAUAAGCCUCACCCACCAGGACGGAGAUUAUAUUCCAAGGCUGAGGAGGACCAAAAGCAUACAGAUGAACAGAAAGGUUGAGUUUGCUUCAGAUGAGCUUUUUGACCCCACCUCAGGCAGCAGUGGAGAGGAAUAUAUUCCUCACAGUAGUGAGGAUUCAUCUGAAGGUACAGACACAAGCGAAGUCAUUCAACCAGUCAAUCAGAAAGAGAGCAUGCUUAGAUUUCCAAUCCUAGGGAAGUAUGCUGACAUCGGAGAACUGAACGAUGUGUCGUCAAAGCAAAUCCUUAACAGAGGACGCUCACCUUCAAGAAGAGGGGGCAACUCUGGUAUGAGACGUAAAAGGCAAUGUUCAAGCAGUUCAAGACGUGCAUCCUACCCUACAACACAUGCAAGUAGUGGUCACUCAACAAAACGGAGUGGAGAGGGAGACCCUGAAUCUGUAUUACAGAAAACAACACCUGAUCUGGAGAAAGAUCUUCCUGACAGUGCCUCUUCCCUCCAUACAGAAGAUGUAGCUGAUGGUUCACUUUCCAUAUCUGCUGUCUGUAAAAAGGAGAAUGGGUCAAGAAUGUACAACAAAAAGCAAUACUGUUUGUACUGUAGGGAGGGAUUCGUAAAAAUGGCAAGGCAUUUGGAGCGUGCUCAUAAAGAUAAACCAGAGGUUGCACAGGCUCUGUCCUUUCCAAAAGGCUCCAAAGAAAGACGAAUGCAUAUGGAAUAUUUGAGAAACAGGGGCAACUUUGCACACAAUGUGCAUGUAUUAAAUGCUGGUGUUGGAAAUCUUGUUCCUCGCAAGCAACCAAGGAAGGAUUGUCAAGCACAGAAUUUCCUGCAUUGUAUACAUUGUCAUGGUUUCUUCACAAAGAAGGUUCUUUGGCGGCACAUGAUGACCUGCAAGUUCAAGCCGAGUGUUCCACAAAAACCUGGCAAAACUCGUGUCCAGGCCCUCUGCGCAUUUGCUGUACCUCCACCACCUGGUGUCAAGGUGGAAUUUUGGAAGCUGCUAAACAACAUGGUUCAAGAUGAAGUUUAUUCUGUACUGAAAUCGGAUGUCUGUAUCAUGGAGUAUGGUGAGCAUUUGUAUAACAGGCUUGGAUAUGAUGUUGGCAAACAUGAAUACAUCCGUCAGAAACUGAGAGAGCUAGGAAGGCUUCUGAUAUGCUCAAGAAAAACCACUUCCUUGAAGACCAUUAAAGAUCACGUCAAACCUGCCAAUUUUAUGCAAGUUGUGGAAUCAGUAAAACACCUAGCAGGCUAUGACAGUAAAACCCAUUCAUACAGGUGCCCAAGUCUAGCUCUCAAAAUUGGACACAACUUGACAAAGAUUUCAAUGCUUCUUGAAAGCCAUGCAAAUCUACAGAACGACUACAGUGCUGCAAAAGAUGCUCGUACAUUCCGCAGAGUGUAUGAAACCAGAUGGAAUGAACUGAUAUCAGCCGCAUCACUGAGAACACUUCAGGAGUCUAAGUGGAAUACUCCUCUGUUGCUUCCAUUCACAAAAGAUGUCCAGACUCUCCAUUCGUAUUUGGAUGUGCAACAACAAGAUCUUUACAGUAAACUGUCUACAGAGGUAUCCCCCCAGACGUGGGCAAAACUGGCAAAGGUCAUUUUGGCACAAGUCAUUUUGUUUAAUCGACGAAGAGCUGGGGAGGUGUCAAAAAUGACCCUUUCUGCAUAUGUAUGUCAAAAUCCAUCAGACCCACAUGAAGAUGUGAAUGAAGCCCUCUCAGAUCUAGAGAAGAAACUCUGUCAGCAUUUCAGCAGGAUUGAGAUAAGAGGAAAAAGGGGAAGAAAAGUUCCUGUGCUUUUGACCCCAGUGAUGAAGCAAGGACUGGAUCUGCUUGUCGGCACACGGCAGGAAUGUGAGGUUCCUCGGGAGAACGUAUACCUAUUUGCAAGACCAUCGGCUUUGACCUGUUACCGCGGGUCUGAUUGCCUUCGACACUUUGCCAAGGUCUGUGGUGCAAAAAGUCCUGAAAGUCUCACUUCUACAAAACUACGCAAACAAACAGGAACACUGUCUCAAGUUCUCAACCUCAGUAAUACAGAGCUGGAUCAGUUAGCGGAUUUUCUUGGCCAUGAUGUUAGAGUGCACCGGCAGUUCUAUAGACUUCCUGAAGGCACCCUCCAACUUGCAAAAAUUAGCAAAGUCCUCAUGGCUCUGGAUCAGGGACGCCUGGCAGAAUUCAAGGGCAAGACACUGGAUGACAUUAACAUUGAUCCCGAAGAAAAUGUGCUCUUGGACAGCGAACAUGAGUCAGAGUCAGAGAGUCAGGUUACAACUACUCAGAGGGAAGAGAAUGACACAGCAGUGCCAGAUGUCAGUGAUAGCAAGUCCCAAAAGAGGGAUAAAGAGAGUCAGGUUACAACUACUCAGAGGGAAGAGAAUGACACAGCAGUGCCAGAUGUCAGUGAUAGCAAGUCCCAAAAGAGGGAUAAAGGUCGUCAGCCUUUCAAGAGAAAGAUGUGGGAGAAAGAGGAGAUCCUUGCUGUUGAGAAGCACAUGAUGUCCUUCAUCACUUCAUGCCGUGUUCCGGGAAAAAGUGACUGUGAUAAGUGCCUUGAACUGGAGAAAGUAGCACUUAAAAACAGAAAUUGGCUGGCCAUUAAGUUCUACAUUAAGAAUCGAAUCACAGCUCUCAAGAACAAAGUUUAAAAUGUUUCUGUUGGCACUUGUUAUGCUUAUGUCACGUUUAAAUUAUAACGUGUUGUUCAUUUAAGACGUUGUUGAAUGUUGGAAUUAGAUAUGUGGUACCUAGCACUUAGAAACGUUAAAGGGUUAGUUCACCCAAAAAUGAAAAUCCUGUCAGUAAUUACUCUCCCUCAUGUUGU